AUGCAUCCGGGGCCGGAUUCUAUGGGUGCACCCUCGAGCUUCUCCGCCCGCAGGCCCAACGCCUCGUCUCUGCCUAGCUUCGAGCUCCCUCCCCCUCCCAUGUCCAACGCCCACCAGAAGUUCCCCUCCUUCGCUCCCAUCAACCAGCCGCAGUCAUCCCCGGCCUCGGGCACGAUAGGCAACCUUCUGACUCCGCCUAGCAACUUGGCCGACGGCAUGAGUUCACACACGCAAGCUUCGCAGCACCAGCACCAGCACCACAUGUCGUCCUACAACCCCAACGGAUACGUCUGGUCGCCGCCGCCCCAAGGAUCCACGCCCUACGGAUUCCAAGCUCAGGCUCCCGCGACGUCACAGUCGUACGCCACUCCCCGAGGUCAGUAUGCGCCCUUUGUUGUAGCCGCAGACAAAGUCGGGGCUGACAAAAGGACAGCCCUGCCUCCGCCACCCUAUGACCUGAACCUGCCGGCUUUUCCGUCUUCAGCAUCCAUGUCUGCCCCUUCGACGCUUCCGACCAUGUCGGGGCAGCACUCGAGCAUGUCCAGCAUGAUGAGCAGCCAGAACCCAGUCACCACCUCGGCGCCUCAGCACUCGCCCAUCCAUUCGCAAGACGGCUAUCAUUCGCACCGGCCACCUCCCACGCCAACCUACCACUACAGCUCGCACUCGUCAUCGACGCCGCAGCAGUCCAACUUCCCCUACUCGACUGGCCCGUCGCCCACGCAGUCGACGCCGCUCAGCGCGGGCGGACUGCCGCCGAGGAUGUCUCCGGCGCACAGCACGGCGCAGAUACCAUCCCUGCAGUCCGCGCCGUCGCAUUCGCCGCACCCUUACCAGCGCCCGUACCAGAGCUACCCUCUGCCUGGUCCCGUCCUUUCCAACGUCAACAACCCGAGCGGACAGCUCGCGCUUGUGGGCGGCAUGCCGCACGGCAUGAUGCACGGCUUCAACAGCGGGCAUGCGGCGAGCAUGCAGCACAUGUACGGCGGACACCACGCGGCGCAGCAAGCACCGCCGAACGACCGGCCGUUCAAGUGCGACCAGUGCCCGCAGAGUUUCAACCGCAACCACGACCUGAAGCGGCACAAGCGCAUCCAUCUGGCAGUGAAGCCGUUCCCGUGCGGACACUGCGACAAGAGCUUCUCGCGGAAAGACGCGCUCAAGAGGCACAUUCUGGUCAAGGGCUGUGGAAAGGCGUCCGGGAACGAUGGCGACAAGCACGACGGCUCGCUAUCUCCGACCGACAAGGGCGACAACGACCACAAGCCCGUCCUGCCCCCUCACUAA